AUGAGAGGAAAAUAAGAGUAGUAGUACAGUUAACCAUUGUGCUUGUUUCUCUUUUCUAUCUUUAAGUUUCUUAACCAAUGAGAGGAAAAAUGAAUGUUGUGUUGUUGGAUGAAAACAACUGGUUUCAGGAAGUUGAUAAAAUAUCUCUUCUUGCUCAUUAUUAUAAUUAGGUUCUUACUAAUUUAUUAAGGAAUUAAAAAGAAAAACUAUUUAGUGUGGGCUCUUGCUAUAUACAUCUCCUUUUUUCUAAGUAUACCCUUAUAUCCCCUUUCUACCUCUUAAUUACCCAUUAUACCCUUUUUCUUAAGAAGUACAUGGUGGUUACUGCAGCCGCAAUCUUCUCUGUGACUUUGCGGGAACGUGCGUUUGUUUCAAUUCAAUGGCGGGAGGUAAAGGGAAGAAGGAAAAGGGGAAGCUCCAGCAGCCGAAGCACAUGCCUUACCAGGGCGGAAUAUCGUUCCAGAAGUCAAAGGGUCAGCACAUUCUCACCCCUUGCUCGUCGACUCAAUUGUGCAGAUUCACUGAAGGAAGCAGAUACUAAAAUGGACUUCUCUAGUUUUGAUGAUGAUCAAGGUAUGGAGAUGGAUGAUGACAUGGAAGUUGAGGAUGGGGAAGCAGAUGAGGUGCAAUCUGAAUUCAAGGACAAGGUUUUGGGUGUUUUGAAAGAGGGAGAUUUUGCAGAGAAGAGGUCGUCCAAGCUCACAUUGCAGGAAUUCCUAUACUGUUUAACAAAGCUGGCAUACACUUCUCCUUAUUUUAGAUGGUCAAUUUUCUUGAUAGUUUAUUCCCUGUUUAAAUCUACACCAUUCUUUCAAAUUAGGCUUUCAUUAUUUGGCAGUUUUCUAAGAGAGUGGGAUCAGAUAAACUGUUAACGAUUUAUGUUGAGCUCAUUCAUGGAUGUAUACUACUCUAUAUAAUCUAUAGCAGGUUUGAUUA